UAUGUAUUGAUAGAAUCUGACCUCAUCCAAGUAAGUUCUGGAAAGUUUCAUAAUUUUACGCAAGUCUCAAGUUGUUGUCAUUCAUGUUCUGGAAAUAGCAGCACACGAUGACAAGCAGAAUAUUUUGCUGGGGUGGUAACCAGAAUGGUCAACUUGGCAUAGGCAACUUGGAAGAGGACAAGGUGACUGAGCCAAAGGUGAUAAAAGAUGCACUGACAGAUGUUUCGGUGAGUCAGAUAGCAUGUGGAGACAAACACACCCUUUUUGUUUUGUCAAAUGGAGACAUCUACUCCUGCGGCAACAACGACUAUGGCAAAUUGGGCCACACCAAGAGGACAUCAAGACCAGAGAAAAUAGAUGCUUUGGAGUCCCAGACAGUGGUGCAGGCGCGGGCAGGGAUGUCACACAGUCUGUGUCUCACGACUGCGGGUGAGGUGUUUUCGUGGGGAGAUAACUCAUAUGGUCAGCUGGGACGGAGUGCGCCAGACAAUGAACUAUACAGGACACCCAAAUUGAUCAAGUUUCCCCAUACUGUUGUACAAAUCAGCUGUGGCAGGAAUCACAACCUGCUUCUUACAGACGAUGGUCACCUUUUUUCCUGGGGCAACAAUGACUGUGGGCAGCUCGGUCUUGGAAACACGUCCAACCAGAGCCAGCCGACCCAGAUUAACAGUCUACCGGGCGUUCCAAUUGGUCAGCUUGCUUGCGGUGGUUCACAUAGCUUUGUACUCACCAAGUCAGGGACGGUGUUUUCCUGGGGAAGGAACAGCUAUGGACAAUUAGGAACAAGUGACAAUAAAGAUCAAAAGUUUCCAGUAUUAUGCAAGUCGCUGCGCACCCAGCAAAUUAUGUACAUCACAUGUGGGGAAGAUCACACAGCGGCGCUUACGAGGCAGGGCGGACUGUUUAUGUUUGGUGCGGGGACGUAUGGACAGCUUGGGCACGGCAACAAGACCCAUGAAGUCCUGCCCCGUAAAGUCCUAGAACUGAUGGGCUCACAGGUCACACAGGUCGCUUGUGGGAGGCGUCACACAGUAGCGUAUGUUCAGUCCAGUGGAAGACUGUAUGUGUUUGGCUCAGGGACAAAUGGCCAGCUGGGAUCCAAGGACAGUGGAGUGCAACCCCUCCCAGUGCAAGUGAGCGGGCCUUUUGUCCCAUACAACAGGCAGGACUCAUCCACUAAGAUGGAUACUGCUAGCAAUAGUCCUUCCACUGAGAUUAUUGGCCCAACGUUUGUGAUACACAUGGUGGCUGCUGGCGGAGACCAAACAUUUCUGUUUACUAUCUCACCAGAUAAACGCCAGGUCCCAGUAGACUACAGAAUGCUAGAUGAUCGGUUUCAGGUGAAAUGUCUGACAGAAAGCAUGGCAAAGAGGAUUGGUGGACUCAAACCCACCGACAAGCCCCCAAUUGAAUUUGAGGAAGAUGUUUUGAAAAUAUUUGCAUCAAUGGCAUGCUGGAAUUCAUCUUUUCUUGAUGAGGAGGGCCAUUUUGGCAGCAGUAAAACCAACCAUGGUGUUGACAUGCCAAUGGUCAGAAAAUGCUUUGAGGAUCUGGGCAACACAACUCACUCUGGGUUCGUUCAAAAAAUCCUACACAGUCUUAAGAGUGGUUUAAUUCCAAGCCUUCCCCGAGCGCCCCCAGAUGUUGAGGCCCUGCGUGUCUACCUCCAGCUUCCCUUCUUCCACCUGUUUGAGCAGCCCAAAUAUUUCAGAGAACUCAUCAGCCCACUUGGCGCAGCCAUUCUUGAACUGGAUAAAGUACCUGCUUCUGUGAUAGAUAUGUGGUGGGGCAAUCUUUCUCCACCGUUUUUUCAACAUACCAUAUCUGUGUUCAAAGAGGCAGUGAUUCAUAUUUUACAACUCCCCAACCCCCAGGGGAACCAAUCAGAGAUGGAGGCACGGUUCAAGGCAAUGUAUUUGUCCCUGGAAGUUCUGAAGAAACUUAAUACUGUCAACGAGAAUAACAACCAGAUUGUGCCGUACAAAAAAUUCUAUGUGCCGAUCAUCUCUGAGAAAGUCAGUCUGAAGGAGGACUAUGUCCAGUGGUUCACAGAGCAGAUUCAACCUCAGGGGGGCCCAAAGAAGCUGCUGUUCUGCAACUACCCAUUCACAUUUGAUGCCUCGGCCAAAAGUUUGCUGUUGGAGACUGAUGGUCUAAUACAAAAACAGACUGCAGUCCAGGAAGUUCAGCGUCGAAACUUUAGCGCCCUCUUUCUGCCGAUUGACCCGGCAAACCCGUUCCUCGUGUUUGUAGUCUCACGUGAGGACAUUGUGAAAGAAACUAUCCACCAACUCAUGAAUAGGGGCAGUGCCGACCUCAAGAAACCAUUGAAGGUUGUCUUCAAAGGUGAAGAAAGCACAAUUGAUGCCGGAGGUGUCAGAAAGGAGUUCUUCCUGCUUUUGCUGCGCGAGUUACUGGACCCAAAGUAUGGGAUGUUCAAGGUUUUCGAGGAGUCAUGUAUGCAGUGGUUUGCCCCCUAUGCGUUUGAGGAGCACCAGAUGUACAUGUUGAUAGGCGUGCUGUGUGGCCUCGCCAUCUAUAACUCUGUGAUAAUCCAGCUCAGCUUCCCACUAGCACUCUAUAAGAAACUCCUUAACAGGCAUCCUAAUUUAGAAGACAUACAUGAGCUUAUGCCAACUGUAGGAAAGGGUAUGGAAACAUUGUUAAAUCAUGAGGACGAUGAUAUAGAGGAAAUAUUUUGCCUGACAUUCGAGGUAUCUCAGGAAUAUUUUGGUGAAGUUAAAACUGUCGAGUUAAUACCUGGUGGAAAAGACAUGCAUGUCACCAAAGAAAAUAGGAAGGAGUAUGUGGAGAAGUAUGUCGGUUACUUGUUUAACGAGUCGGUGAAGCAACAGUUUGACUCUUUCUCCACUGGCUUCCAUAAAGUGUGUGGGGGACAGGUCCUGGACCUGUUUCACCCCCAGGAGUUGCGGGCCAUGGUUGUUGGAAAUGAAAACUAUGACUUCCAUGAAUUGGAAAAGAACACUGAGUACAAGGAGGAGUUCCACCGCUACCACCCGACCAUACAGUAUUUUUGGGACGUCUUCCAUGACCUCUCUAUCGAUGACAAGAAAAGAUUCCUAUUGUAUCUGACAGGCUGUGAUAAAGUGCCCAUCCAGGGAAUGAAAUAUGUUAAGCUGAUCAUCCAACCUAUGAAGGUUCCGGAGACCUAUCUCCCAGUGGCCCACACAUGUUUCAACCUGCUGGAUCUCCCUCUGUAUUCAUCCAAGGAGAACCUCAGGACGAAAUUGCAUCAGGCCAUCGAACAGACCCAGGGGUUCGGACUUGUAUAGGGUUCUUGGAAUGUGGCUGGCGAUGGAUGUGAUCAAAUUUGUAGUGUCCAUUAUGAAGUAUUUUCUGUGAUUUUAAAAAAGAGCAAUACAUAAUCAUGACAACAGUAUUGUAAAUUAUUGUUAAAAAAAGGGAAUGUCAAUAAACAAAAUGAAUAAUGUCAGAAAAUCUGCUUUUGAAUUCCAGAAUUUCAAGUUUCUUUAUGAGUUCAAUAAAGGUUAUCUUUUAUUAAUGUGAAGGGAAGUUUUUAUAUCAGUUCAGAUUGAUCAUUUUGUGGGGAAAGUAGCAUAAGACAUAAUAUCAAAAAAAGUUCUCAAGCUGGCUGUGCAUAAAGCUUUAAUGUUGAAAAAUUACUGUAACACAUGUUUGUAAAAACUACUAACAAAAGAGACCGAGGUGUUUGGAAAGAUUAUGGCAGUUUUCUGUUAUCACGAAAAUGUGAUGUAAGUCAUAUGUGCAUGUUACUGUACAUCUGCAAACAAAGUUUGGAAAGGAGUUUUUGUGAAGACAUCAAACAGUGGUAGGUCCCAUAGUCAUUUACAAAAAGUUUGUGGAACAAACUUCUGGAACGUUACCAAGGUCUUCUGGUCUGAAAAACUGCAAAGGAAGUGAUGCUUUAUUCCAUUUUGUUUGCUCAACUUUGUGUAGAACACCUUGCAUUUGUUUAUGAUGACCUUGUUUUUUUAUGUAUAACUGUUAUCAUGUGUAAAUAAAGUAACCCUGUAUUAAUUGCAAUAAUGUUUUAUUUAUGCGCAACUAUAUGCAUUCAUGUAUACAUUGUGGGCUUGGUGCAAAACAGUUGAAACCCAUUCUAGGAAUAGGUGCAACAACAGUCUAGUGGUAAGCCCUCAACAUGUACUAUCAGGUACUGUUGAAAAUAUACUGUAAUAGUGGUAUAUUUGUAUAUAUGAUAUGUGUGUAUAAUGCAAUAACAGACUACUGGUGCAUGAACAAUGUAUGUUCCAUAUGCUAUGCACAUGGAAUGUUGGGUUCUGAAGUACUCCCUCUAUCUGCCUUUCUUCGACUGCUGCCAUACAAAUACUUGCAUAAUUCUUUAUGAGUUAUCAAAUCAUGGUUUCAUUGUUUGUGUGUUGUGUUGUCGUUUGAUAAUUUAUUGUUAAUUAUCACUUAUUGCUGAAUGAUACAGCUCAAGAAAUCAUGGCUCUAGUACAAGCACACAAUAACUUAAUAUUGAAGGCUUAGUGCAAACUUAUCAAAAUCCUUCUAUUUUUAUAUGCAGACAGACUUAUCUUUCUCUGAGCCAUCAAUAUAAAUCUUAUAGAAUACAACCUACAUUUUCAGCCAAUGAAAUGAUGGAUAGCAAUUAUUAAGUUGUAGACCUAAUCAUUAAGAUUGUAAAAAACUUUUGCACAUGCGUAAAGGUCCACCUACUGUCCCUUUUUCAUCGGAUACUGACUCCCUGCAGCAGAUUUUGCGUUGACAAUGUAUCAGUCAAUAAGGUUGUAUUCUAAGUCGGUUGUAUGACCUGAAGUAAUAUCUUUAUUAUUAAGAAGGGCUCGUUUGCUGCGUUCCGCCAAUUCUUAAUCAUCAAGAAUUUAUUUCAUGUAAUCUAACAUAGGUGCAACUAUUGAGGUCUUGCAUUAAGGUGACAAAGUAGAAACAUUUUAUAAGAAAUGAAACUUUGAACUUCAAGUUGGCAAACACACACACACUCACUGUUGCUCUAUUUGCAAAUGUUGUUAAGUUUUAUUUUUGUUUUAGCUUAGUUUUAUUUCCAGUCAAGAAAAAACUUUCUGUACAGUUAACAUGCUUGUGAAUUUUUAUGUUUUGUUUGUAUGAAAAUAAAUAUUUUUAAUGA